GAGACUGAGAGGCGACCAUAAUGUCGUUAAGGCUCCACACACUGCCCACCCUGCCCGGAGCUGUCAGACCGGGUUGCAGAGAGCUGCUGUGUGUGCUGGUCAUCGCGGUGAUGGUGAGCCCCGGCGCCGCAGGAAUGUGCCCCACGGCUUGCAUCUGCGCCACCGACAUUGUCAGCUGCACCAACAAGAACCUGUCCAGGGUGCCCGGGAACCUUUUCAGGCUGAUUAAAAGGCUGGACCUGAGCUAUAACAGAAUUGGACUUCUGGAUGCCGACUGGGUCCCCGUGUCGUUUGUCAAGCUGAGCACUCUGAUCGUCCGUCACAACAACAUCACCAGCAUCUCCACGGGCAGUUUCUCCACAACUCCCAAUUUAAAGUGUCUUGACUUGUCGUCCAAUAGGCUGAAGUCGGUGAAGAGCGCCACGUUCCAGGAGCUGAAGGUUCUGGAGGUCCUCUUACUUUACAACAACCACAUUUCCUAUCUGGACCCGGCAGCUUUCGGAGGACUCCCCCACUUGCAGAAACUCUACUUGAGUGGGAACCUCCUCACACAGUUUCCUAUGGAUUUGUAUGUCGGGAGGUUCAGGCUGGCCGAUCUGACAUUUUUAGAUGUGUCUUAUAAUCGAAUCCCUUCCAUACCAAUGCACCAUAUAAAUUUAGUGCCGGGAAAACAGCUGAGAGGCAUCUACCUUCAUGGAAAUCCGUUUGUCUGUGACUGUUCCUUGUACUCAUUGCUGAUCUUUUGGUAUCGUAGGCACUUCAGCUCGGUGAUGGAUUUUAAGAACGACUACACCUGUCGCCUGCGGCCGGACUCCAGGCACUCCCAUCCGCUGUCCCUGCUGCAGGAUAGCUUUCUGAACUGUUCCGAGAGUGUCAUCAAUAGCUCCUUCCACGCACUUGGCUUUAUUCACCAGGCCCAGGUGGGGGAAAGGCUGGUGGUCCACUGUGACGGCAAGACGGGUAAUGGAAAUACUGAUUUCAUCUGGGUCGGUCCCGAUAACAGACUGCUGGAGCCCGAUAAAGACAUGGGAAACUUUCGUGUGUUUUAUAACGGCAGUCUGGUGAUAGAGAGCCCUGGCUUUGAGGAUGCCGGAGUUUAUUCUUGUAUUGCAAUGAAUAGGCAGCGUCUGUUAAAUGAAACUGUGGAUAUCAUGAUAAAUGUGAGCAAUUUCACUAUAAACAGAUCCCAUGCUCAUGAAGCAUUUAACACGGCCUUUACCACCCUGGCCGCCUGCGUGGCCAGCAUCGUCCUGGUACUGCUCUAUCUGUACCUGACGCCAUGCCCCUGCAAAUGUAAGUCCAAGAGACAGAAGGAUGUCCUGAACCAAAGCAGUGCCCAUUCCUCCAUUCUCAGCCCCGGCCCCUCCGGUGACGCCUCCGCUGAUGAACGGAGGGCAGGUAAAAGAGUGGUGUUCUUGGAGCCCCUGAAGGACACGGCAGCGGGACAGAACGGGAAAGUCAAGCUUUUCCCCAGUGAGACCGUUAUAGCCGAGGGCAUCUUAAAGUCCACGAGGGUGAAGUCUGACUCAGAUUCCGUCAACUCCGUGUUCUCGGACACACCCUUUGUGGCAUCCGCUUAGCUGUGUGCCUGUGUGUGUCUGCUGUCGUGAUUUGAUCUCUCCCUGUGUAGCCUCGUGUGGUCCACAAAAAUCAAUAGCAGGGCAGAGAUUGUUUUUGUCUUUUGAGAUAAAACCAAAUGGUGUCUUAAGAUGGUUGCUAGGAAGUGAGGCCGGGCACACUGCUUGCUCGCUGUGCUGGGGAAAGAGGAGGUCGGUUUUGAGAGUUUUAAGUUCUGGAUGACAGCGUCCUCGCCUUCUGUAUCGUGGAUGGUUGCAAAGCUGAUCUGAAGGUAGUCUGACUGGCCAUUAUCCUUUUAGUUGGCUCUCUUAAAGGAAAAAGGAGGCUAUGCAUCAGCAUUCUCUAAAUAGACUCUGCUAACUUACUAGAACCAAAGUUGAGCUUUUCUCCCUCCCCCCCAUCUCUCUAAGAAAAACAUUAGCCACUUCUUUCAUUUUUAAAAGAUGUAACAGGAAGAAUCGGUUAUGGAUAAAGCAUAAUGUUAGUUUGGAGGUUUUUCAGCCAAAAAAAAAAAAAAAUCAUCAUUUCAGACCAGAAUGGACAAACUGAUAACAUCCACGGGAUUGUGCCACGUCUGGUGGAAUGGGGAGGGGGAGGUGUGCUUGGGCUCUCUCCCUUCUCCGUGUUCUUGACGCUGUAUCCGGGUACAGAAGCUCUCGCUGAAGGAAAUCAGAGGUGUCAUUAUUUGUUGGCAAGACUGUGCGUCGAUACCGAAAUGUCUGGGCAGCUCUCUAAGCCUUUCUCCUCGUCGUCACCGCAGACUCGUUUGUCCCUUGGCUUCUGUAUCUGUAAAACCUUAAGUUAUACAAACCAACAAGUGGGCCCAAAUGUGUGCUGUGCUCGAGACAUUGAAAUCAGUGUAAAUACAUGUGCUCUGUGACUUGA